AUGUAUGAGCUCGUUGGUGCAGACGAAUACCAGUAUUCUGGACCUGAAGUGCCAUAUGUUCUCGACCUGAUCCCACUAGCCUCAGGUCUGGCUGCGAUAUCAUCGGACGGAAGACUGUCUCUGUUCGACCCGCUUCGUGUGGGCAGUGGCCCAAAUCGCACCUUUCAGACGUCCCAUGGCAAUCUCACAACGGCAAAGGCCCUGGAUGCAGCCGGCUGUGUCCUAGCUACGGCUGGUGAGAACGGCACGGUAUCCCUGUGGGAUCUGCGCGACUCGGCACAAGGACCAGGGGUCACCGUCCAGGUUGACGGCUUGGUGAACAUAUGUGAUACCCGGAUAACAGAUGAAGACGAGGCCGUCAUUCAGGCUUUCAACCACGGAGCCUCAAUCCACCACGCAGGCUUCCUCAGCGACAGCGAAGUAUACGCGCUGUCACACGACGAGAAGCUGGCCAUGUACGAUAUGGCCGAAGAGCGGGAAGCAGGCUCUGCCACUAAAGACUUUGGGGAUACGCGACAGACACUGGGCUGCCAAUACGUUGCCAAUAUGCUACCAAAGGCAGGAUUCACUGGGGCCGUGCUUGGAGCCGGAGCACAAGAUGCGGGGAUGUUUAAGCUAGUCCAUUUGUCCAAACACCAAGGAUGGGGGGUUGAUUUAGAAUCUGUUGUCGGCCUUCCCGGUGCUCAUGGCUCAGAUAUCGUUCGCGGUUUCUGUGUCUUCGACGAGCAGCAGGUUGUCUACACAUGCGGAGAAGACGGCAAGAUCAGGGCAUGGAGGCCGCCAUUGUCGUAG